AUGGGUGGACCCCAGCCACACGUCUGUAUCCGCCAGUACGUACCCGUCUUUGCAGGCCUUCCAGUUUGUGUGAGGGAAGAACGGGCCAAGCCCGGCGACUUGCGACUGUCAUGUAAGUGGUACCCUUGUAUUGUGCCCAACACGGACGCGCCGGUGCAAUUGCUGCUGGGCGGACGUGGGCAUCGUGUCCCUACCUUAGUGGAAAGAGAAGGGAAAGCGAGGGCAAGGCCGCACGUGUACCGCGCAAUCAAACCAUGCGUUGCCUGUCUUUCUGAUGAUCGCAAGAGGGAAGGUGCGGUUUCUGCUGUUCCACCAGCCACCCUUGUAACUGUCCACUGGCACCUGCACUCAUACCUGGACUCCUCACACUUUUUUCCCGCUCCCCCCAUUGAGCUUACCGCAUUCAAGGCAAGUGCGACCAGAGAGACAAGCGUACCUGCCGCUCUUGUUGCUGUUGCUGCUGUUGCUGCACUCUUGCCUCAUAAUAAAACCACAUCGUUGCCCGCGUCGCCCAUGUGUUUAGACCUCACCUCUUCUCUUUUCCCCGUCCACACUCCGUCAAACAUCACCAGCAAGCACAUCCAGGCAAAACAUCUUCACCCCGCCGACGAUACUUUGGAACUGAAUAUCGCUUGA